GCUCGCCUUAAAUUUCUUCGAAAGUAGACCGCCCGAAUUCAGCUUUCAUUUACGAAGGAACAGGAAGUAGGUUAAUGCUACAUUCCGUUAGCUAACCCGGUGUCGUUAGCAUGCAGAUGAGUGCCAGAGAAGUAAAGAGAGCCGGUUUUACAGCGAAGAUUAAUAAAAUAAGGCCAACUGUUAAACUAGUCUGUCUUCUAUAAACGCCACUGCUGUUAUGUUGUGUUUUGGCUAUCAGCAUACAAAGCGUAAAUAAGCAUUUGAAUGAGUACGAGUUCUGAUAAAGACCAACUCUCACUGGUGGCUUCGUUGCUUAUAAUACGUGGCCUGUGUGUUGUGUUGAAAUCUAUUCAGAUUCAUAAAAUUCGAAAAGUUGCUUAAAAUUUUGACUUUUCUUUUGUUUUUUCCAUAUUUCCUUGUACUUUGUUUAAAAAAAAUAAUUUUUUUUUAAAAGGACAAUCUUUUCCUCAUUCCAAACUUGAAUAUGUCAUUAGAUUGUGCGGGGGCUUUUUAGUUUCUUUGCCUUAAGCAUUGCAACCUUAAGCGGUCAGGUGUAGUAGUAAUAGAGUUGAAGAGAAAUUCGAGUCAUUAAUUUGGUGACAGCAUUAAUAAAAAUAAAAUACACAGAAAAACAGUAUUUGCAGAAAUUAGUUGUCAUUCCCAAAUAUUACACUCAGUAAGGAAAGUUUGUGUAUGAAGUGCAUUUUGUAAACAAUGAAAGUGCAUGCUUUCAAUAAUUUACAACAAUAGAUCAGUUAAUCAAAGAAUAACAAUAGCCUGCAUACCUAAACUACUGCAAAGUGGCUUAGAGCAAUACAACAAAUGAGUAAAAAAAACCAAUAGAUUUCCCUGUGAAUAUAAAUUAGUUGUACAAGUUCAUCUUAGUUGUGUGAAUCUAUACUACCUUUUCUGUUUGUUUUAUGAGAUGAGAAUUUUCUGGACCCUGUGCUGUCAGUCUUGGCUCUGGGGUAUGUUGUAACACAUAAGUUAGUUGGCUGAACUGGGAAAAAAUUACAACAGAUAAUGUAAUGUGUAAAUAAUAAAAACUCUUAUAUAAUUUAAUCCACGUUAAACACGUUGCAUGCUUUUGCAGUCCUUUGAUGUUUAUUCUUGACUAUGCAGCUUCACAUAGUCAUGAGAAAGAAUGAGAGUAUACAGUUGCUACAACAGCAUGCUUGGCAAUGAUUUGCAAAAGGCGUCACCAAUUUUUCAGUGACGUCCGCUAACAAAGGUAGAGCUUUAAAAUACCUGCAGGAUUCCUCCGCACUCUUUGAAAACUUGCUGGUCAGGUUUUCUAAUGUUAAAAUUUGUGCGUCAUGCUUUCGAAAAUCCGUUCCUUUUUAUAGCACACGAGAGAAAAGAUCACAGGUAUAAAGAGUAGACGCUGACUGCAGCUAGCAGAAGAAAGCCAGUACACAGCAGAGAGGGAACAUCGGAAGAUUUGGAGUGGUACCGUUUGGAUUACCACUUUCACGCUUAUUAUUUUAAUUCUUCAGCGGGACUGAUAAUCUCACUGUGUUAUUUUGGGGGAUCUUUUCCUUCUGAAGAUCAGUGAUGACAACCUACCAGGAGUUCAUUCAACAAAAUGAGGACAGAGAUGGGGUGAGAUUCAGCUGGAACCUCUGGCCCUCGAGCCGCCUUGAAGCCACCAGGCUGGUAGUCCCUGUCUCCUGCCUCUUCACACCUCUCAAAGAGAGGCCCAACUUGCCACCGGUCCAGUAUGAGCCAGUUCUUUGCAGCCGGGCCAACUGUAAGGCAGUGCUCAACCCACUAUGUCAAGUUGACUUCAGAGCAAAAAUAUGGGCCUGCAACUUCUGCUUCCAGAGAAACCCUUUCCCUCCCUCUUACGCAGGCAUAUCAGACGUGAACCAGCCAGCUGAGCUUAUGCCACAGUUUUCUACAAUUGAGUACAUAGUACAGCGUGGUCCUGCAGCUCCUCUCAUUUUCCUGUAUGUGGUGGACACAUGUUUGGAAGAAGAAGAUCUCCAGGCUCUCAAGGAGUCUCUCCAGAUGUCUCUCAGUCUGCUGCCCCCCAACGCUCUUGUGGGCCUCAUCACAUUUGGCCGCAUGGUUCAAGUUCAUGAGCUGAGCUGCGAGGGGAUUGCUAAGAGCUAUGUGUUCCGAGGCACCAAGGAUCUUACCGCCAAACAGAUACAGGAGAUGCUGGGUUUAACAAAGCCAGCUGUAACAGGACAACAAGGUCGUCCUUUGGCCCCUCAGGAUGCUGCUGCCACUUGCAAGUUUCUUCAGCCUGUGCAUCGAGUCGAUAUGAAUCUGACAGAUUUGCUGGGAGAGCUUCAGAGAGACCCGUGGCCUGUCCCUCAGGGUAAACGGCCACUCCGAUCCACUGGUGUUGCGCUGUCUGUCGCUGUCGGCCUGCUGGAGGGUACAUUCCCCAACACAGGGGCUCGUGUGAUGCUUUUUAUUGGAGGACCACCCACCCAGGGCCCUGGAAUGGUGGUGGGAGAUGAGCUGAAAACUCCAAUUCGUUCCUGGCAUGACAUCCAGAAAGACAAUGCUCGCCAUCUGAAAAAGGCCACCAAGUAUUAUGAAGCCUUGGCCAAUCGUUCAGCAACAAAUGGCCACAGUAUUGAUAUCUAUGCCUGCGCCCUAGACCAGACUGGACUGCUUGAAAUGAAGUGCUUAUCUAAUCUCACUGGGGGGCACAUUGUGAUGGGAGACUCCUUCAAUACCUCAUUGUUCAAACAAACCUUCCAGAGAGUCUUUAGUAAGGACUACAAUGGUGACUUCCGCAUGGCCUUUGGAGGUGUCCUGGAAGUCAAGACCUCGAGAGAGCUGAAGGUUUCCGGUGCAAUUGGACCGUGUGUUUCACUCAACUCAAAGUCUCCCUGUGUAUCAGAGAAUGAAUUGGGCAUUGGUGGCACCAGCCAAUGGAAGGUGUGCGGUCUCAACCCCUCCACUACUUUGGGCAUCUAUUUUGAAGUUGUGAAUCAGCACAAUGCACCAGUCCCUCAGGGCGGACGUGGGGCAGUCCAGUUUGUAACCCAGUACCAGCACUCAAACACACAAAGAAGGAUACGGGUCACCACCAUCGCCAGGAACUGGGCAGAUGCCCAAUCUCAGAUUCAGCACAUUGAAUCAUCCUUUGACCAAGAAGCAGCUGCAGUGCUCAUGGCCCGCUUGGGCGUCUUUAGGGCAGAGUCUGAAGAGGGUCCUGAUGUGUUGCGUUGGCUUGACAGGCAGCUCAUCCGCCUGUGUCAGAAAUUUGGCCAGUUCAACAAAGAUGAUCCGACAUCUUUUAGACUGUCAGAGUCUCUGUCCCUCUAUCCACAGUUUAUGUUCCACUUGCGACGGUCACCAUUCCUGCAAGUUUUCAACAACAGCCCAGAUGAGUCUUCCUACUACAGGCAUCACUUUGUCAGGCAAGACCUGACCCAGUCCCUGAUCAUGAUCCAGCCCAUCCUCUACUCGUACUCCUUCCACGGACCACCAGAGCCUGUGCUCCUGGACAGUAGCAGUAUCCUGCCAGAUCGAAUCCUGCUGAUGGACACCUUCUUCCAGCUGGUUAUCUACCAUGGAGAGACCAUUGCUCAAUGGCGAAAAGCAGGCUACCAAGAAAUGGCAGAGUAUGAGAACUUCAAACAGCUGCUGCAGGCUCCACUGGAUGACGCUCAAGAGAUCCUACAGACACGCUUCCCCAUGCCACGCUACAUUGACACUGAGCACGGAGGCUCCCAGGCUCGCUUCCUGCUCUCCAAGGUCAACCCAUCGCAGACCCACAACAACCUCUAUGCCUGGGGACAGGAGACAGGAGCCCCAAUCCUUACUGAUGACGUGAGCCUGCAGGUCUUCAUGGACCACUUGAAGAAACUGGCUGUUUCCAGCUCAGCAUAGAACUCGCUAUUCCACCUCAAAGAGAAAAGAAUUGAUACAGCAUUUUUCUUCCAUCGGGAUCCAUUAACAUUUCUGCAGUUUUGUAAAGGAGCCAAACCGAGACAGUCUACUGUUUGUGCUUGUUUCAGUUUGCUGUUUGGAGGCCAAUGUGAUGUUUAUACGACACAAAAAAGGGUGAUGGCACAUUGGUAUAUUAAAAAAAAAAAGAUAGUAAUAACAUGUCUACUCAUUUUCAAUAAACAGCUUAUUUAUGAGAAAUGUUUCUAGUUCUCCUCAACCAAACUGUCCUCAUAUCAAUAAUAUCCCUACUUCUGUUUAAUAUUUGGUAUUACCUAUGAAAUGCAGAAUGAUUAGACUAAUACUUUCAUCUUUUUUUUUUAUAAAAUAUGUAUCUACUGCAUCAGACUGUGUAUAAGGUUUAAUAAGAUGAUUAUUUGUGUCUGCUUUUGUCUAUAGCUAAAUUUGACAUGUCUAGAAAUGUUUUCAUUAAUAAAUUAUAAUGGUACCACUUGUUUAAAAAA